CAAGCCUACCGAGCAUUGAGCAAGGAAGUUAAGAAUUAAGAACCAAGCUCCAGAGGGCCACAUUUGUCUUUCUGCAAAACAAAUUGCCGGCUGUACUCCACUGUCCAUCACUGUAACAGAACAGUGCUCCUUCACGGCUCUCUCUCUCUCUUACCCAUUUUCCCGGGAAAAUAGAGGGAAAAUUCUCAGUCAGGUGGGGUUUAGGGUUUGCGUAACGAAUCAUAAAAAUGUCUCAGACUGGGAAAUUGAUGCCGAAUCUGGAUCAGCAGAGCACUAAGAUGCUCAAUCUCACAGUUCUUCAGAGAAUCGAUCCCUUCAUUGAAGAGAUUCUGAUCACGGCCGCCCAUGUCACUUUCUACGAGUUUAAUAUCGAAAGCAACCAGUGGAGUAGAAAGGACGUUGAAGGAUCUCUAUUUGUCGUUAAGAGGAAUACUCAGCCCCGGUUUCAGUUCAUUGUAAUGAAUCGGCGAAAUACAGAAAACCUAGUAGAGAAUCUAUUGGGGGAUUUUGAGUAUGAAGUUCAAGUGCCAUAUUUGUUGUAUCGAAAUGCAGCCCAAGAAGUUAAUGGUAUUUGGUUUUACAAUUCACGUGAAUGUGAGGAAGUUGCCAAUCUCUUUAGUAGAAUACUUAAUGCAUACGCAAAGGUUCCUCCAAAGCCAAAGGUGUCUUCAAGCAAAAGUGAAUUUGAGGAGCUUGAAGCAGUUCUGAGUAUGUCAGUGAUUGAAGGUCCGCUGGAGCCUUCAUCUACUGUCUCUGCUGCCGCUGAUGGUCCAGAAGAUUCUUCAUUUGAGAAUUUCUUUAGUGCAGCUAUGAAUAUUGCAAGUAGUGCCCCUAAUUUAGCAAAUUCAAGACAGCCUUAUCAUUCUUCAGCCACUGUUUCAGUGUCCUCCCAUACACCUAAUGUUGUUUCCCCUCCUUCACAAACUCCUCAAGUAUCAUCCCUUCCUCUUUCAUCUUUGCCUACUUCAGUAGCCAUCCGCGACACUCAUGACCCAAUCAGCAGUAGCAAUCGUGUUACUAAUCUUGUGAAGCCCUCUUCCUUUUUUACUCCACCUUCUUCAUCUGCAUUGACGGCUCCACCUAUCUCUUCACCUCUGCCAACUGCUCCUGCUCUUCAUCCUCCCCUAAAUCUGCAACGCCCAUAUGGCACCCCAUUGCUUCAACCCUUUCCUCCCCCCACUCCACCACCAUCUUUGACUCCUAGUUCUCCUACCACUGCACCUGUUAUUAACAGAGACAAAGUCCGUGAUGCACUUUUGAAACUUGUUCAGGAUGAUCAAUUUAUUGACAUGUUUUAUCAAGCACUGCUGAAGGUGCAUCAUUCCUGAGGUACUGGAGAGACACAGCAGCCUUUCCUUUGGCAGAUUAGAACAAGUACAAAAUGCAUGCUUGUAACAUGAGUUUGGUGUACAGCUCUAGUCCAUAGAAAUAAUGGUGGCAUGCCUCCUUGUAAUGAGCUUAUUCAUAUUCGCUGUGAAGUUACCUGUUUGUGGUUGGAUGGGAUUUUUACGGUUGGUUCAUUAUUAUGGUGUCUCCUACUCAAAGGGAUGUUGUAGCAGUAGAAAUAGAAGUUUCUAAAUCACAAGAUGUCAUUGCCGUUUUUCAGGUUCUGUAGUACCAGCUGGGUCCAAAUCUUUGUUAAUAAGGAAUUAAGGACAAUCUGUAAGAAAUGAAGUUUGCUUCUUCUCUCUC